AUGUUCUUUACAGUGUCUUGGGUGGACUCUGGGAAGCUGGUGACACUGGGCAGCCUCCUGUUGCUGAUCUUCUCACAAAUAUUGAUAAAAGAGGCCGUAUCCCCUAUCCCGAUGGAUAUGGCUCUGCAAUCCUUUGACGACCAGUAUCUGGGGUGCAGGGAGGAGAUGAUGGAAGAACUGGAGCAAGGAGACUAUUUCCAAAAGGAAAUAGCUGCUAACAAGGACUACCUGUGUCUCUGGAAGAAGGCUCAGGAGGCUUUGCUGAAGAGUCCUGCAGGUCUGCUGAGGGAAAUGCGUGACAGCCAUGCCACAGCUCUGAUGGCUUACUCCAUGAACUCCUCCCUGCACUCCCAGCUGAACUGGGCCACAUCCACAGCAGGAAUCUCUCCAGAGCACUACAGACACAACUUCAGCUUUAAAUACUUUCACUUCUACCUAACAACUGCUAUCCAGAUAUUGAAGGAAUGGCAGAGCAGCAUGGGGAAACAUAAGUGCUACCAGGUGCACAGGGGUGUAAAGGAUUUAUUUAUCGAGGCCAAGGAAGGCAGCAGGGUGCGAUUUGGCCGUUUCACUUCUACCUCCCACCUCAGGAGUGAAGCUCAGAAGUUUGGGAAUGAAACUUUGUUCACAGUGACCACUUGCCUGGGAGCAGCUAUGCAAGGCUUUUCCUACCACACAUCUGAGAAGGAAGUCCUCAUUCCCCCUUAUGAGAUAUUUCUUGUCAAAAGCUUUCUUCAAACCCAGCAGGGUAACCGGCUGCAUCUGCAUUCUGUGGGGAACUACAGCAAGUACCAGUGCCAGCUGGUGGAAGCUUCAAGAAGCAAGAACAGUGGUUAUACUGCACUCGCCUCUGCCAUUCUCCCAAGUGUGCUUGGAGUUUCCCUGUGCUUGGCCCACAGUCUCUGA